AACCGGGUAUCAAGCCUCAGUGGUGUCACUGGCGACAAAUGAUGCGUUUCACAAUGUAUUUAGUAUCUCUACUAGACGUUUAUCAAGGAUUUAAUAAAGUCUCAUUGUGGGAAAACGUCUUAAAAUAAAUUUUUCACCUGUUUAAAAUAUUUUAGCUUCUCCACUUUCGGGUUCACCUCGUCAGCGUCUAGCAACUGUCUGGUAUAAAACACGGUGUUGUCAGCCCUCGGUAUGAGUGUUCAGGUAUUGCUGUGUUGCAGGUAUGUGUUACCAGUUUACCUGUUGUCAGCCACCAGUAACGAGUGUUUUUGUGUUGCAGGUUGUGAAGCGUGAUGGCGCUGCUUCACCGCUUCGUCAAGCUGAACGACCGGGGUAACACUCAUGUGUUCUCCUUCGUGGUGACCAGGAGUGUCACCAGGGACCUGCACCGUGACGUUACCAGCAAGGAGCUCACCUAUGGCUACCAGCGCUGGGCUAUCACCUUCUCUCGCUCUGAGAAGGUGUUAGGAGUCUAUCUGGUGUGGCGUAACCCGUGUGAGGGCAUGAGAGUCUACAUAGACUUCACCUUCACCCUCCUCAACCGGGAACACUUCAGUGUCAAUGAAGCAUUCACUGGGAAGCAGGUUAAGUUUACCUUUGACUCGCCUGCACAAGGCAACCGUCGCCUCAUAAACAUGGAAGACCUUUACUCCCGCAACUUUACUGAUGAGAAUGGAGAGUUUCAGCUGGAGCUGACGGUGGCAAACAUCAGGACGGUGUUCGAAGCUGAGCUUCGCGUCCCCCCGCCAAUCAACGGCGGUGUCUCCAGCAGGAAAGAUAAGAAGUACGAGUCUCCCUACUUCCACUUCGGUCAUUACGACUGGCACGUCUCCGUCACGUCCUCCUCGGGAAUGGAAGGUAGGCCUACGGUGCAGCUGCGGCGGCUGACCGGCUUCGACCACCAGUGUCGGGUUCGGUAUCUAAUGGUCAUCGGGGAAGGCGAACGACGCGCCGACUCCGGCAUAUUGGACCAACUAAGCGACCAUGACGGUCGGACGCCCGGCUGGACGCCGGCACGAACACGGCUUCACGACCUGGUGCACAAGAGUGUGCUGAGGCUGUACCUGGAGAUGAUCCUCGCCAACACCACCAGCGAGGUGCGGCUGCAGCCCCUACCCCACAACACCCCAACCUCCGUCCUCUGCUAUGACAGGGACAAGCAAGCGUGGGCCCUCGAGCCUGACCUCCACUCAGACAUGCUCAGACUCAAGCUGGUCUUCAAUGAUGUACACAACGUGCCCAGGAACCACCUCAGAUAUGUGUGUUGGAACGCGUACUUGCUGCGGCGUGCGUCGCGGGGGUACGUUGAGUCCGUGUGCCUCACCAACGGACCGUUCAGCAACUACUACGCACAGGAGAGUACUGACGACGGUCUGAUGAUGGAGUCUGACGUACCCGUCAAGGAGGAAAACAACAGUCGUAAGAAAACUUUGACUUGUUACGAUGAACUUUAUGAAGAACGGAACACUAGCCCAGUUUGA